ACCAACCAAAUUUUAAGUUGACAUGUUCCAACUUCUAAUUUGAGUGAGUGAAGACUCCUUUUUCUUAAUUUUCAUGCUUAUUAUUCAGUUUUUGAAUUUUAAGUGGUCAUCAACAGGUCCACUAGGCUUUUGUUGCUGUUGGCAUCAUCACAAAGGCAGCCACCUCAAGAAUAAAGAUGAAAGUGAAGAAGCAGAAGUGUCAUAGGAAGAUUGUUAGAUUCUUCUCUGUUUGCUUUGGGUUUAGGCAUCCCUUCAAGGUGCUGUGUGAUGGAACAUUUGUCCAUCACCUUGUCAAUAACAUCACAUCCGCCGAUACUGCUCUCUCUAAUUGCCUUUGUGCCCCCAUCAAGCUCUUCACCACCAGAUGUAUUCUUGUGGAGCUGAAAACUCUUGGUGCUUCCUAUUCUCACUCCUUCCAAGCUGCUAACAAACUCACAAUUGCAAGAUGUGAUCAUGAGAAGAGGAAGGGUGCCAAUGCUUGCAUUUUGGAUGUAAUUGGAUAAAAUAAUCCUGAGCACUUUUUUGUUGCUACCCAGCAUGUUGAUCUUUGAAACAAGCUUCAGGAGAUUUUAAUUUCGCAUUAUCUUUUGUGUCUUCUCCUUUGAAUCUCAUCAAGUACUCCAAGUUUGUGUCUUCUUCUUAGAUUUUCAAAAUCCCUUGUUUGUGAUUUUGAAAUUUGAGAAGUGAACAAAUGAGGAACAUUCGGCCAGUGGCGAUGAGAUGGUCAAGGUAACGAGCCUCAUCGUUUGGUUGUGCAAGAAACAAUCGAGGGAGGUGGGAGCUACGCUGUUGCCACCACAAUCACUUUUUAGCUCUAAGCCGUUGACACUUGCUUAAGCAGUGAAGCUUAGGAGAACAAUUGCUCCUAAGGAGAAGGAACUUUCAAAUUGUGAGUCUAUUUCUCAAUUUUGGUCAUUAUUAAUUGAAUUCUGUGUUGUAUAAACUUGUUUGGUUACAACAAUUGUAUAAGUAAUUUGCCUAUUUUGCUAUUCAAACAAGUAAUCUGGCUAUUUUUAAUUGAAUUCUAUGUCUUUUGAACUUGUUUCAUUGUUUAAACUUGUUCAUCCCAAUUUACACAUUUCACAGAGAGGAUUCUUCUCUGAGUUUUUGUUGGUCACUGACCAACAUCACAACUUUUACAUUCAUGUUUAUGCUGACUUCCCUUGCUCAUUGUUCUCUUGGAAAUGAGCCAAUUCCAACCCUUUA